UUGCACCGUGCUAUCUCAAUGAGAGUGGUUGUCUGGAUGAUUUGUUUGAUUCUGCAUGCGCUUCUCAUGCUCAACAAUAUUGUAACUUGUUCGCUGAAUGGUAUUUUAUUCACGAUACUGUUAAUUAUUGUGCUGUCUGGACUGUGUCUUCGUGA